CAGGAAGCCAGAAGUCUGAGCCGGUUGAAGGGACGUGAAGGCAUCACCGGCAGCUCACACAGCGGAGGCUCAUUAACAGAUCAGGGAGGAUGGCAGGUCUGUGGAGAUCCUACCAGGCCCUGAUGAACAGAUACCCCUGGACAGUCCAGAUAGUGACGGCUGGCUCUCUAGUGGGCGUCGGUGAUGUCAUCUCCCAACAGCUGAUCGAGAGACGAGGAUUGGCUCAUCACAACGUGCGGCGGACGGCCAAGAUGAUGAGUAUCGGUUUCUUCUUCGUGGGUCCAGUUAUCGGCAGCUGGUACAAAGUUUUGGACAAACUGGUGGUUGGAGGAAGUAAAAGUGCCGCCAUGAAGAAGAUGCUGGUUGAUCAGUUGUGUUUUGCUCCGUGUUUUUUGGGAGCUUUCCUCUCCAUCUCCGGCGCUCUGAACGGACUGACGGUGGAGGAGAACGUCACUAAGCUCAAGAGGGACUAUACAGAUGCCCUGAUCUCAAAUUACUAUCUGUGGCCGCCGGUCCAGAUCGCCAACUUCUACUUCAUCCCACUGCAGCACCGGUUGGCUGUCGUCCAGAUUGUUGCUGUUGCUUGGAACUCCUACCUGACCUGGAAGGCCAAUAAGAUAUGAAGAAUGAUCAAGUCCAGCCUGAUGAUGAUGAUGAUUUUAAACUCAUCUGUAGUGUGUGACAUGAGCCGUUCUGGUCUCGUUUACUUGAUGCUACUUACUCUUCUGAUAUUUCCGAUGUGUAAAACUGUGACUGAGUCAUUCAUGAAGGUCGGGAGAAAUGUUUGUCUUCUCUGAAUGACAAAUUCACACUUGAAAGUCAAACUUGCAUUUGCAGAAAUGUCUGUGAAAGUGUGUUAUUUAUGGAAAUGGGAUUUGGCAGUGGUGCCACAGUGUAGCCACACAUACGCACAAACACACACACACACACUCAUAUAUUAACACCUACUGGUUGUUUAAUCUGUUGUUAAUCACUUGAAAUAAUUAACUGAAGGAUUUGUUGAAAGUUAAUUGUUCCAUGUUUUUGUUUUAUUGUAAAGCAAAGUUUAAACUGAGAUUACAUGUUCUUCAUCUCUUUAUUCUGUGCUUUUCAAUACAUUCCACAAUAUUUGAUAAUAUAUUAUAAUCUACUUGAUUUACCCACCUGCCUCAUUUACAUACCUCAGAUUUAGUUUCUGUCUUCCCACAAUUAUUUUUUCUUUUCCAUUUUCAGCCUCGCUAGUGAUGAUCCAGACUAAAAUAUCUCAACAACUAUCCAAUUGGUUGCCAUGAUAUUCAGUACAGAUAUACAUGUUACGUAGUGGAUGAAACCUCUGACUUCUCCUCUAGCGCCACCAUGAGGUUAACAUUUGUUUUGGUGUUAAUUGAAACAACUGUUGGAUGGAUUGUCAGGAGAUUUGGUACAGACAUUCAUAUUGAAAUAUGAAUUGUAAUAUCUUUGGUGAUCUUUGGUUACUGUUGCACAAUCAUGAGGUCAGAUUGUUUAUUUGUCCAGUACUUUGUGUUUACGACAAUCCCAGCAAAACUAAUAAUAUUCACAUCAGUCAUCAACUGUACUUUGCAUUUAGUGCUAGUAAAAAUAAGUUAGCAUGCUAACAGGCUAAGCUAAGAUGGUGAACAUUACACCUGCUAAACAUUAGCAUGUUAGCAUUUAACUAAAGCCUCACAGAGCUAAAAGCAUGACUGAAGACUCUUAGUUUUGUUUAGAUUUUGGUUAUAGAUGAAGAUGAAGCAACUAACAUCAGUCAGGACUCUGGAAACAAGCUGUAUGGUUUCAUGCUGAAGGAGCAAUAACAAAACUUGAUAUUAAAAGUCAAAUUCGUUGAAAUAUUUUUGAAUUAAGCUGCAUUGAAGCUGCUAGAAAUUUGCCAGUAAACAUUUUGGACUCAUUGAUGCAUUGUUGACAAUCAGAGUUAUAGAUCUUUGCUUAAUUAUCAAUGUACAGAGUCUUUUUAUUCACAAUGUGCACAUUUUUAAUAACAUAGACCUCUUUGGGGUAAACACUAAUAAAGUUUUACAUGUGGUGAUGUCAA